CCGCUCGCGGUCGCUUCUUUCAACCUUCUUAGGGUUUAAGCCUCUCCGUCCGUGAGCCUUCUGAAAGUUGCAACCUUUCGAAAUCCCAUCUCCAAUGAAUGGUCAGAGAAGCUCUCCAAUUCCUCUCUCGCCUGAGAAAGUCUCCCUCUUUCCCAGACCCACUCACCUUCAACAAGCACAUCCAUCACCUCAUCAACUCCAGCUGCGGCGUCCUCUCUCUCAAGCUCCUAGCUUACUUAGUCUCCAGAGGCUACACACCUCACCGCUCUUCCUUCAAUUCAAUCGUAUCGUUUCUUUGCAAAGCAGGACAGGUUCAAUUCGCUCAAGACAUCGUUCGGGCCAUGCCAAAGUUCGGGUCUUUACCAGAUGUUGUGUCUUUUAACUCUCUGAUUAAUGGGUACUGUAGAAAUGGUGAUGUGGGUGAUGCUUGUUUGGUGUUGGAGAGGUUAAGAGUAGUCUCUGUCUGUAAACCUGAUGUAGUUAGUUUCAACUCCUUGUUUAAUGGGUUUAGCAAGAAGAGGAUGUUGGUGGAGGUUUUUGUGUAUAUGGGAGUUAUGUUGAAGUGUUGUUCGCCGAAUGUUGUUACUUACAGUACUUGGAUCGACGCGUUCUGCAAAUCAAGAGAGUUGGAAUUGGGUUUGAAGUGUUUGAGUUUUAUGAAGAGAGAUGGUUUGACUCCUAAUGUGGUUACUUUCACUUGUUUGAUCGAUGGGUAUUGCAAAUCCGGGGGAUUGGAGGUCGCGGUUUCGUUAUCCGAAGAAAUGAGACGCGUUGGGAUGUAUAUGAAUGUUGUCACUUACUCCGCGUUGAUAGAUGGGUUCUGCAAACAAGGGGAGAUGCAGAGGGCCGAGGAGUUGUAUUCGCGGAUGCGCGAGGAUGGAGUGGAGCCGAACUCGGCGGUGUACACCGCGUUGAUCGACGGGUGUUUCAAGAGAGGAGAUGGUGAUAACGCCAUGAAGUUUCUAGCGAAAAUGCUUAACCAGGGGAUGAAGCUUGAUGUUGCUGCUUACGGCGUGAUCGUAUCGGGACUUUGCGGGAGUGGUAAAGUAAAGGAGGCGGCAGAGGUGGUGGAUGAGAUGGAGAAAGGUGGUUUGGUUCCUGAUGAGAUGAUUUUGACGACAAUGAUGAACGGUUAUUUUAAAUCCGGACGGGUGAAGGAUGCGGUUAAGGUGUAUGGUGAGUUCAUUGAGAGAGGCUUUGAGCUUGAUGUUGUCGCUCUUUCGACUUUGAUCGAUGGGUUUGCGAAGAGCGGGCAGCUACAUGAAGCUAUUGGUUACUUCUGCAAAGAGAAAGCUAAUGAUGUUAUGUACACUGUGCUGAUCGAUGCUUUGUGCAAAGAAGGAGACUUUGUAGAAGUUGAGAGACUCUUUAGCAAAGUACUUGUUGUUCCGGAUAAGUUCAUGUACACUUCUUGGAUAGCUGGUUUGUGUAGGCAAGGGAACUUGGUGGAUGCGUUUAAGUUAAAAAACAAAAUGGUUCAAGAGGGUCUUGAGCUCGACUUGCUAACGUACACGACGUUGAUCAACGGUUUAGCUAGCAAAGGGUUGAUGGUGGAGGCUAGACAGGUUUUUGAUGAAAUGCUGAGAAGAGAGAUCAUCCCUGAUGUAGCUGUGUUUGAUCUCUUGAUUAGAGCUUAUGAAAAAGAGGGAGACAUGACCGCUGCUUCAGAGUUGUUACUUGAUAUGCAAAAUAGAGGGCUUGUAACAGUAGUAAGUGUUGAGGAUUGCAGUAAACAAUGUGAUAGUGAAGUGACUUGUACUUGAAUUUAC